AUGGCGGUUGCAGACGGAGCUCUGUGGACAUUCAGUUGCUCAACGGUCUUGACUCUUUCUUUCUUGCAAUUCUUCCUCAAUGUUGGUAGUGGCCAACCGGCGGUCGGCGUCUGCUACGAUACUCAGGCCGACAAUCUGCCGCCGGAGAAGGAAGUGCUGCCGCUGUUUGAGAGCAGCGGCAUAACCAGCGUCAGGCUGUUCCGACCUGACUCCGAGAUGCUCGAUGCCCUUCAGUAUACAAGGAUAACCGUGGCAUUGGGAGUAGACAACAGUGAGAGCUACCAUCGUUCGGUGAUCAUCAAAUACAUCAUCGUCGGCAAUGAACUCAUUCCUGGACCCCUUGCUCCCUACGUCUUGACGGCCAUGGAAAACUUGGAUGACAUGCUCAGCCGCCAUGGCAUAAGCUCAAUCAGUGUUACCACCACGGUCCUCAUGGAUGUGCUCACCUAUGUCUAUACACCUCCCUCGCAAGCCUUCUUCUCAUCGAGUUCUGUGGAUUUUAUGUCAUCCCUGCUUUCCUUCCUCGAUUCCAGAGGCUACCCUCUUUUCGUCAAUGUCUACCCUUUCCUUGUAUACUACGCUACCGGGAAGAUACCGCUUCAAUAUGCGCAGUUCACUUCCCCUGUACCGGUUGUUACAGACGGUAGCUUCUCGUACCUGAAUCUUCUCGAUCAGAUGGUUGAUUCAUUGUACGUGGCCAUGGAGAAGGUCGGGCAGACGAACGUCACGCUUGCAAUUGCCGAGACCGGAUGGCCGUCGGCGGGGGUUUCAGGCGCAUCGGUCGGCGACGCCAGCAUCUAUAACAACAAUUUCGUCGCUCAUGUAUUGUCCAGUAAGGGAACGCCGAGGAGGCCCAAUACGCCAUUGGAGGCGUUUGUGUAUAAUAUGUUCAAUGAAGACCGGCGGUCCGGCGUGUUUGCAAACCUCGGUCUUUUUUAUCCUGACAAGAAUCCUGUCUAUCCAGUGCAGUUUGGUCUAUCGUGA